CUCGCACAGUCUCACUCAUUCCAUUCCUAUCAAGCUCUCUCUUCCUCUUCCCAGCAAUGCAGCGCCAAUCACUGGGCUCGCCGGGAUCCAAGCACCUCCUCGUUCAAGCAGGCCGCGAUGACGUCACCUCCGCCACCGUCACGGCGGCGGAUUCCGCCGUUUCGCUCCCGGUUAACUAUGCCGAAGACGAAGAGCGCAAGUCGGUGAAGUAUCUCAGCAAAUCCGAGAACUACGUUCAUCUCAUCCCCGUCCUGACUAUCCUCUGCUUCCUCAUCCUCUACCUCUCGUCUCACAAUCCUUCUGAGAAAGACUUGGCUCAGUUCAGUGGAUCCAAGGCAAUUUCUAAGCCUAUAGGAAACAGUGACAAUUUCCAGAAAGAUGUAGAUGUCAAGCGAGGCGAUAUUUUGGCCAUUCGAAGCUUGAGGAACCUGCGGGAGGCUAAGAAGAAGUAUAGAUUUAACCGGAAAACGGCUGAAUUUUAAGCCGUAGUAUCUGUGUGUGUGUAUGGAGUCGCCGGUUUUCGUCGGUGGAGCGAGCCACGUGAGGUCCCCGUUAUAUCUGCCAUUUUUUUCUGUUUUACCAUGGCUGUAUUAUUAUUACUCGUACGGAGAAUUAUUUUUGUCUCGUUGUGUGUGACAGUCAAAUUCCCCACAGCUAUUAUUACUAAAAGUAGAUAAAAGAUUAAAAGUUGCCAUUAAAUGGUAGUACGGAUUCAUAUGAAUUUUUAAAGUAUGGCAACAACAUUCAACUUUUGAAUUGUGAA